AUGGACGGAUUUUCUUUAGGGAAAAAUACAUGUCCAAAAUACAUGCAACAGAAGAAAUUCGCAAUGCGUUUAGACGAAGCGUUUGGGCUGAAAGCGCCAUAUAAUAAAAACCUGCAAGGGCAACAACACUCAGCGCAAAAGAAGGAGGAGGCUUACUUGCAACCCUGGCCUUGUAUACCACGAGAUAGAAAAUUUCUGUCAUUAUCAGACAACAUCUUAACUUUACCCGGCUACGGCGACGCCGCUUCCAUAUUUUAUAAAUACGAUUAUAAGUUCCAGAAGUUAUUGACUGGAGCAACGAUGACAUUCUGGUGGCAGUACAGGGAUGUGAAUAUCACCAAAGGAGUUGGCGCACCCAAGAUUUUAUCAAUGACGGAGGUAGGCUGCUCUCGUGGGAUGAUAAACUCCUACACUCGCAAUAGUGAACCAAUAAAACGUAGAAGAGUUGGCGUUGAGGCCAUACUAUACAUGAGGGUAUCACCUGACGCUCGAUAUAUAGCCGUCGCGGCAGUUCAUACAGACGCUGUCCAUUUACUAUGCUGGCCUUCACUCGAGCCAUGUUUUGUUAUGAAUACAGGAAAAACUAUUAACACUAUAACCUGGCAUCCCUGGCGCAGCGCAUUGCUCGCCACAGGGAUAGAUACCACCGAUACUUACGCACGAGUCGCGUUAUUCGACGUCCCAACUGAAAAGACCAGAGAUUAUUUUCUCAGUAAUAACCAGUACCACCUCGACGAAAUGCUUUUCAGCCGUAUGACUGGUGAACUGGUGGUCAGCUUGUGGAAUCCUGGUAUAAUUUUUUUAUAA